CUCAACCCUAAAACCAAAACCCCUUACCCCACCAACCCUUUACAAAUUCCAAACUCGUUCCAUGUGUACUUUAUCUUACCACACCAACGCAAUGUCCAACGUAACACAAUCAUAACCUCAAAUGAAACAAACAUAAACAAACAAACAAUCCUAAAAAAAUCCAUAAAGAAACCCUAAUCAAAGCACCCAUAAUUUCCAAUGGAAAUUUGAUUUACUACCCCAUUCGAUUUCUUGCUUUUUCCAUACACUAAUAAAUACCUGUAGUACAAAAAUGGACUCAAGGCUUCAUGGUGUCCCUCUUUCCACUACACAAAUGGCCCCAAAGAUCCCCGUUUCCAGUUCAUUAUCAGGUAUUAGAGCUCCCCUCACAAUGGAUGAUUCUGACUUUGAAUAUUCUACUUCAGCCAAAAGUCAUAAAAAUAGUUCUGUUAGUAGUUAUAAUAGUGGGAGUGAGACGGAGUAUGAGGAAUUCGUGAUUGGUGAAGACGAGUUUGAAAGUGCAUCUGAGAGGCAUUUUGGGACGGACCCGGAUGAGGUAGUUCGUGAAGAAACGUAUUUUGUUAACGAGUAUGAGUUUUCAAGACCUGUUGUGAAGAGCCCAGGUGAAGAAAUUGUUCGAAGUAGUGAUGUUAGUGAUUAUACUUUUUCUAGGCUUUUUGUGAAGAACCCGGAUGGUGAAAUUGUUCGAGGAAGUGAUGAUUUUAAUGAAUUUGCAUUUAGUAGGCCUUUUGUGAAAAUCGCAGAUGAAGAAGUCAUUGAAGAAAGGAAUAGUGGUAAUGAAUAUGAUGAUUACAGGCCUUUUGUGAAAAGCUCAGAUGAUGAAAUCAUUGAAGAAAUGAUUAGUGUUAACGAGUUUGAUGAUUAUAAGUCUUUAUUGAAUGAUAGAGAUAAAGCGAUUAUGAAAGAUAAGGUGAAUGUUGCGGUACAUGGUGAUUCUAUUUCAUCAUUCUCUGUGGUUAACACUGAUGAAGACAUUCUGGAGAAUGACCCAACACCUGUUGUGGAUAUCGGGAUCUCAGUGCUGCCAAAAAUGGUCAUGCCAAUUGCCCUGGUAUCUGGAGACAGUGACGAUGAUUCUCCGCACAGUGAGGCAAUGGAAGAUGAUGUUUUUUCUGCAGUUAUUAGGGUCCCAAGUGCUGAAAUGCUGCAGAGAGUGGACGGUGCCCCAAAAGUUAGAAUCUUAGAUGUCGAAGAAGAGGAAUCUGAUGAGUCAGAGUCUCACUAUUUGGUAGAACCUGAGAUUGUCGAGGAUUUGGCUCCUAAAAACGUUUUAAAUGGUGUUUCAAGCUCUAAAUAUGAAGAGGAAACCGAUGAGUCACAAUCUCACCGCGUGGUAGAACCUGAGUUUCUCGAGGACUUGGAUCCCAACAACAUUUCAAAUGGUGUUUCAAGUUCUAAUUAUGAAGAUGAGGGUGAUAAGUCAAAACCUCACGAAGCAGUAAAACCUGAGUUCGUCGAGUACUCAGCUUCCAACAACAUUUUAAAUGGUUUUUCGAAUUCUAAAGAUGAAGGAUGUCGCUUUUGGGAGGACACUGUUCAUAAGGGUGCCGAUUCUAUUGAAGAAGGAAAAAGCAGGUCUUUUUUGGAGAGUAAAGAAUGUAAUUCUUCGAAAGAAUCGUCCGACAAAGAUGCGAUGCAAUUAAAUGAAGAAAUUUAUUCAAUUGAUGAGAAAAAGUGUGUGAAUUCGGAUCAUAGUAGAAUGUCCAACGAUCUUACGAGUUGUGGAAAUGAGGAAACGAAAGAUGUUGAGUCACUGGGAACUAAUGCUUUUCAUACCUUGGAAGUAGAUCGGACUCUUCCUCAUGAAACAAUGAGUUUGCUGGACAUGGACGAGGUUGUUUCCUUGGAUGAUGGGAGCUGUAAAAACAGUAAUAUUGACGUUGCAAAAAAUGUUGUCCUCACCCGAAGUGAUGCUACUGAAAGUAGAUGCAAGCAAAACGUUAAUUGGACCAUGGCAUCUCGUGACUACAUCACUCCCAGAAAAAAUGAAUCAGCUAAUGAUGCAGCUGUGAUCGAUGAACUGCUGACAGCUAGGGAGCUUGUAUCUUCCUUUCAUGGCCAUUCAGUUUAUUUCAGUCGAGGUGGUGCAAUAGAUGAUGAAUCAGUUGUCUCAGAUAGUCCUGAUACACACGUGUCCCUCAGUUCCAGUUUAGAGCGACAGAUAAAACAUGAAGGGGACAAUGGCGCAAUUGAGUUUCUAGGGGAGGUUGACAAUUCACUUUUGCGUGAUGAGAAUAAACGAGCUGUAGUCACAGAACAUAGAUUACCUUCUACUUCGGUUGCUGGUGGACGGAGUUCCAGAGAUCAAUCAGAGGAGAUCGAUCGACAGGUCAUGACGGUUUCGGAUGAAGAGGUAAACUCUGAUAGAGAAAUUGAUGGGAGACAAAUUCUUGAUUCUGCUGGACUGGCUGCAGUUUUGAAGGCAGGCACAGGUGCUUCAUCAGACAGUGGCAGCAUAAAUUUCUCGUCUGUUGAUGGAACCGAGGUUUUCUCUUUGGAGCGUCCUGCUAAUCUAGAGGACUUCAUAUUGGAUUCUCGGAAAAAUAAUAAUCAACUGAGCAAUCACAGUUUUUUGAGGCAUUCCGAGGCCACAAUGGGCAGUGAUUCCGAGGAAUCUCCAAUUGAAGAAGAGAUGGAAAAGAUUGAGAAACUACAACUGAUGAGAGAGAGAUAUUUGCGACUUGUCCAUAGAUUGGGUCGGUCUCCUGAUGAUCGUGUUGUUGCACAGGUUCUGAAUCAGCUAGCGCUUGCUGCAGGAAGGCCUUCUGCUCAAGGAUUCAGUCUUGAAUGUGCUAAAGCAAGAGCUGUAGAGCUUGAACAACAGAUUGAGAGUCAUCUGAGUUUUUCUUUGAAUAUCCUGGUUAUUGGUAAAACUGGAGUUGGUAAGAGUGCAACCAUAAAUUCAAUUUUUGGAGAGAAGAAAGUGUUGAUUGAUGCAUUUGAGCCUGCGACGAUGGAUGUGAAAGAAAUUAUAGGCUCGUUAAACGGAGUUAAAAUCCGCAUCUUGGACACCCCCGGUCUCAGAACUUCUUUCACAGAGCAAUCUAUCAACCGGAGAAUUUUAUUGUCGAUUAAGAAAUUCAUGAGGAAAUGCCCACCGGAUGUUGUCCUCUACGUUGACCGAGUAGAUGCCCAAACCAGAGAUCUUACUGAUUUGCCCAUAUUGAAGUCUAUCACUACCUAUCUCGGCUCAUCAAUAUGGCAUAAUGUCAUUAUUGCUCUGACACAUGCAGCUUCAACUCUUCCAGAUGGACCCUCCGGAAAUCCCUUAAGUUACGAUGCAUUUGUUGCUCAACAAUCACGGGUUGUUCAACAACUUAUUAAUCAUUCAGCUGGUGAUAUGCAUGUGAUGAAGCCAGUUGCUUUUGUUGAAAAUCACCAUUCUGUCGAAAAGAACAAAGAUGGAGAAACAAUGCUCCCCAACGGAGAAAUUUGGAGAUCACAGCUUCUACUUUUAUGUUACUCUAUGAAGAUUUUAUCAGAAGUAAAUUCUGUGAUAAAGAAUCACGAUCCUUUGGAUCAUACAAACCUAUUUGGUUUUCGGAUCCGUUCUCCAUCUCUCCCCUACUUUUUAUCUUCAUUACUGCAAUCCAAUGAUCAUCCAAAACUCUCAAAUGGUGGUGAGAAUGACUCAGACAUAGAGCUGGAGUAUUCAUUUGAUUCUGACAAAGAUGAUGAUUAUGACAAACUCCCUCUAUUCAAGCCAUUGAAUAAAUUUCAGUUUGCAAAGUUAAGCCGGGAGCAGAGGAAAUCAUACUUCGAAGAGUAUGAUUACCGUGUGAAACUACUUCAGAAGAAACAGUGGAGAGAAGAAAUAAAACGGUUGAGGGACAUGAAGAAGAAAGGAAAAGACGGUUUACUUGAUCAUGUUUUCAUGGAUGAAGAUGUCAACGACGAAGCUGGAACUACAGCAGCUGUAGCAGUUCCCUUGCCGGAUUUGGUACUCCCGCCCUCUUUUGAUGGAGACAACCUGUCUUUUAGAUACCGGUUCCUAGAAUCAUCGUCCCAUCUUCUUACAAGGCCUGUAACACCAGUUUUCGACUCCCAAGGGUGGGAAUGGGACCAUCCCAUUGGUAAUGAUCAAAGCUCAAUAGGUCUCUCUCUAAUGAGAUGGAGAGGUGAUCUCAUCUGGGGAUGCAACCUGCAAUCUCAGCUCUCCAUUUAUCAGGAUUCGAAGUUGAACGUUCAGGACCAGCUGAACAACAAGCUGAAUGGACAGAUCUCUGUUAGGAUUAGCAGUUCAGAACAACUUCAAGUUGCUUUUCUGUCUCUCCUUCCAGUUGCCGAAGCCAUAUUCAGGAAAGUCUUUUCUCAGUCCAUUGAAAAUUAAUCUGCGUAAAGCACAUUUGGCUGUACUUAAAAGCUACUGUUUUUCUGAAUGUAGAAGUUGAACAUAAGCAAGGACACUGUUUCUUUUCCUUAAAAUGUAAUACUAUGGGAACUUUCAUCGAAAACUUAUCCGCUGAAGCUCUUUCAUUAUCAA